AUGUCGUCGACAGGAUGGACGUUUCCAGUCUUUCGUCACGUUACUCCUUUAAGAUCUGAACCAAAUAAAUUGUUUUCAAUAAGAAAUAUUUUAGAUCUUUCAGAAGAGGGCCAAGAAGGAUGUGUUCCAUCUUCAAGUAAAAUCUCUCAGGGCUGCAAUUGUUGCUUCCUGCAGUCUGGGUUCUCGAUUCAAGUUCCUGGCGUUCUACCGGCUCCUCCUCUGCACCCAGAUCAUUUGAAUAAUAUGCCUUUUAGUGGCUUUAUGAACUGGCAAUAUUUUGGAUUCACUCCUUCUGUUUAUAAGUGGGGCUAUGGAACUCCUCUUGUGAAGGAAAAAGCAUUUCUACAUGGUGAGUAAAAUGCUGCCGUGCAAGUCUAGUUAUCCAUUGAAAAAUGAAGGUAUGAAAACACUGAUCUAUCCGUAAUCGUAUCAUACUUUACCCUUCUCUUUAAAACUAGCCAGGUUUAACUGAUUUACAUGAGCUUAACUCGGAUUGAUUUAUGGAACUUCUAAAUGAAGAUCCAAAGGGUGAUUAUUAGCGAUAGUCUUCAGCCGUCGGUUUAAAGCAUAAACUGAGCCGGAAAAUAUCACGAUGUUACUGUCGAUAAAAAUAUCACUUGUGGAAGUUGGAACAACAGGAAAUUGAAUAAUUUCUGCUAACACUAAUCAGUUACUCUGAUACCUUAAACACGUAUCAACUUGAAUUUUCACAGGCUUGGUCUGUUUGAGUGAAGUAUUUUUGUUUUUGAUAUAAGCUUGCCGCGCACAGGAUACAGGUCUUUUUAGUAGAUUGACAUCGAUGGAUGCUCUUCGUUGCGUUUUAAUUUCUCCGUAGCUCUCUUUGCUUUGUCAUAAAUAUGAUGAAAAAUACAUGUGUCUCUAAAGUGUCUGGGAAAACUGAACUAAUUUCUCUGGAAAAAGGGUGUCAUACACAUAAAUUGAUCAUGAAUUCUAGCUUCGGUCUAGCUUGUAGAUAACUUGCCUUGGCUUAAGCUUUUUCUCACUAGUAACCUUUGUUUUUUUUUAUUUUGCUAUUCAUGCAUUACAGUAAAACCCCGCGUAUAAGAACCUGGGUUUUAAAGAACCUGUUAGGCUAAAAUUUUCAUUUUAAGCCCCCUCCACAUAAGAACCUAUUAAGGCUAAAUCUUAUCAGUGGAACUGGUUAUGAAUGUACCGUAUUUGUCCAAAGAUUUCAGUUCUUGGUAUCAACUUUGAAAAGACAGAGAACUGACUAUGACUUUGUUUGUUAUGUUUUGUUAAGGACAUACCUGCUCUGUACUGCCUUUAGGCAUUACUGUUCGGUAUAAAUGAUUCAUAUUGUAUUAUGAGAUGAUGUUUAUAAUAUAUUUAAAUGAAAUUCAUGUGAAAAUAUAAGAACCUAUUUUAAGAACCUUGGUAGUUUAAAUUUGCUUUAAGUACCACUUAUAUAAGAACCUGUCAAGGCUAAAUAAAAAAAAUGCAGAAUUUUAAGAAUCUUGGUAGUUUAAAUUUGCUUUAAGUACCACUUAUAUAAGAACCUGUCAAGGCUAAAUAAAAAAAAUGCAGGUUCUUAUACGCGGAGUUUUACUGUAUAUUCUCUACAGUCUACCAUGUAUAAUCGCAACGAAUUACUGAUUUCCUUGAAGGUUACAUUAAUUCUUAGUUUACAUGAUGAGAAGUCACAGUUUACAUCUUUACCUGAACUAUACAUGUAAGUCAAUUUUUCUGCUAGUUUUGAAAUUACAGAAUUGGUAUGGGACAAGUUUCUAUUUGCGCCACACUUUUGAUGUUUAUUUCUUGCCUUAAAAGUCGCUUCAACUCAGCAUACUCCCUUGUAUGUGAUCAACUGAAAACCUCCUAAAACACUUGCUACUUAUAAGUAUCCCUUUAACAUUGCUAAUUUUUCUAAAAGAGCCUCCUUCAAUUCACAGUUUAUUGUUAUCAAAAUCUCCUGAUCAUUCCAUAACAUGAUUUCUACCUUUAGGAGCUUCCCGAAAGAAGAAUAAGCGUUCCUUGUGUAAGAAGAAGCAGCGUCCCUUGUUUUCGCCAUACCAAAUCCAAAUCAUGGAAACGGAAUUCUCGAAACAGCGCUACAUAACGGAAGAAAAGCGAGCUCAUCUUGCUCUGAAAGUAAACUUGACGGAAACUCAAGUGACCACUUGGUUCCAGAAUAGACGAACAAAGUGGAAAAAGGAUAAACGAAAUGAAGGGAAGAGUUCUCCGGGUGGAAAGUUCACGACAUACUUGGGGACAAAGUUUGACAAAUUCCUCCUACCACAGAAUUUGCCUCGAUUCUCUCGUUGA